UCCCAUAUUCUAUUUCAAUUGUAAAUGUUUGCACCAUCGAGUUAGUUGUAUAAGCCAAUCCAAUUGGCAGGCAGUUGUUAAAAAGAAGCGAUUGAGGAGUGUUAAUCCAUCGCUUGAGGUGGUAGAGAGGCAGAGAGUCUGCCAGAGUGCUCCUGCUUAAUUCAAAUCAUUAGUAUCAAACAUUAUCUGUAUAUAUCUGUAUAAAAUGUAUUUACAUCAUAAAAAUAGAACAGAUAUUCAAUGUCAAUGAUUUGUUUUAGUUUUGCUUGUUCACGCCUACAAAACAUGAUCUUUAUUUCAUUUCCAACAGCCAGAUAUGUUGAAUACAUACUAUACAAAUAUAUGUUACAUGUGUUAGCUUAAAUGUUCUGAUGAUAUUUGUUGGUUCUCUGAUAAGUAGUCCUCUCAGUGAAUGCAUUGGAAGAAAGAGAUGUUUGAUCCUGGUGAACCUACUGCAGAGCGGAUCUUGUUUUAUCAUGUUGGUUGGUCUCAAUUUCCCUAUUCUUCUAACUGGUUGGUUAUUGAAUGGGUUCUCAGCAGGUUUAGGAAGGAUGCCCGCGUACACUUUAACAAGCGAAAUAUCAACUAUAAGAUUAAGAGGAGUUCUUGCUAUUUUGAACAGUAUCUGUAAAAGCUAUGGACAAUUGCUUCUGUACGUUGUAAACAUAUUAGUACCACCAGAAUACUUGUUAUUAGUUGGAAUAACACUUUCUCUCAGUUUUCUACUCUUAUCUCCAUUUAUUGUACGUUCUCCACACUGGCUUCUCAGAAAUGGCAAAAUGAUUGAAGCAGAAGAAAUGCUGAGACUAGUCAGAGGUCCUAACUAUAGCGGUGUGGAAGAAGAGCUAAUAAAUAUUCUUUCAGUCAUCACCAAACAAAAUAAUGCCUGCAAGUCUUGCAUUGGUCGCUGGACUUCUUCUGAUUUCUUGCUUCCUUUUGGAAUAAUUGUUGCUUUGUUUGGAUCAAUUGGGCUUGUUGGUCGAGAUGUGCCUGUCAACUUUUAUGGACCAAGUAUGUUUGCUGAAUUUGGAUUUUUAAUUCCCUUUGAGACUAUAAUGAUUCUCAUUCCUUGCGGAUCAGCAUUUGGAUAUACAGCUAGCUUGUUUAUUGCUAGACAGCUGAAGAAGAAGAGUCAGUUCCUUCUUGGAGCUAGUAUCAUGAUAGUAUCUUCAGGCUUAAUAUCAAUCUCCUAUUUGAUAAAGAAAACUUCGUGUGAUGAGAGUUAUUAUGUGCUUCUGUCAAAGAUUUUUUUUAUGAUCGGAGUAUUUGGAAUAACCUUAGGAUUUGGUGCUGGGUAUGGCAGUGUUGUCUAUACCCUACCAGGAGAGCUUCUGGCUCCUGAGGAUAAGAGUAUUGGAGGAGCUGCUGGGGAAGGAUCUCGCAUGAUUGUUACAGCCAUAGCUUUAAAGGUCUAUCCCCAUAUUCUUGCUGUUUUGGGGUUCCCUCUUUUAUUCUUUACUCAUGUCUUUGCCACAAUCCUCAGUGCAAUAUUUGUUUCUAAAUUUCUUCCUGAUACAGAUAACAAGAGUUUGUCAGAGAUUCAAGCACUUUUAAAGAAAUCUUAAAGUUGAUCAGUUUAUUAAUCUAACAUUGUAAAUUUUGCAGUAUUUUUCUAUGUAGCAUUAAUAAAUUUAGAGUAUUUCA